AGCACAACAACCAGAUUGAAUGUUAUUCUUUUAGAUAUUGUGAUAUUCUUCAAAUUUUUUCUUAAUAAUCGGAUUAAUAGUGCUGCAAACUGAGUUCUUGUUAGCUGUCCAUCAAAGAUGGCAGCAGUGAACGGACACACGAAUGGCGUCAGUGCCCAUCCCAACGGCCUGACAAAUGUGGAAAAUGGAGCUAGCCCAAGGGGCAUUCAAAUUAGGACUAAGAUGGGUGGCCUGGGCCCAGAUGGCUUUCCCAGACUGCCUCCUAUCAACAAGCCCAACACACCUCUGAGGGAGGACCCAUAUGCAAACAGCAAGCUGAUGACAUUCAGACUGGCAAAUCACAAGCAGGCAUUGUUAAUGAAAGUGUUAGCUGACACGUCCAUGAAGAGUUAUGAGGAAACACAAGAAAGCAAUGAGCAAGAGAAGACGACCCCUCCAGGACCAGAUUACCCAGAAGAGGCAAAUUUUACAACCCUGUUGACGCGUAAACGGUUGAACUACCAGUUCAUGAAGAAGUGUGUAGAGAGUGGCCCUAUCACUCCCAUGCAGAAGGAGUGGGCCCAGAAGAUUGUUCAGAUGAUACCGCCGGCACUCAGGAGCACCCCGUACCUUCGGGAAUGUGUCGAUGAACUGUUUGAAGAGAUCCGAACUGACUUCACAGCAAGCAUGAAGAAAUCCAUGGUUCAGCACGUGCUCGUGAAGCCGGAGGUGAAAGGCCUGGAUGGGGAGGUAGCUGGACCCCCACCGGAGGAACCCACUGGUUUGGACUUCUCGAAGCCGUGGCACAAUGAUUUCAUGGAAGCUCGUGAGAAGAUCAGGGAAAACUUGCACAUGUUGCACCCAUCCAUGCAGAUUGUGCUGAACAUGUGCCAGACGACACUUGGGAACAUGAUCCUCGUCGACUGCUCAAAAUUCCGAUCUCAGGGUCCAAUGGAGUUUGAAUCCUUGAAAAACAACAUCAUUCUUGACCUUGAAAAGACUGAGGACAAACUUAUGCACAGCUGGUACCCGAAGAUCAUCAACAUCUUCAGUGACAAGAGUACCAACUUCAAGGCUUCCGAGUCCUUCUACAACAGUCUUACCACACUUGUCUCAAACCAGCUGCGAGACCUGAUCACGCGCACUUUGGAUGCCUACGUGGCGCUGUUUGACCUGGAGGACAAGACUCGUCUCCCCCUACUCAAGAUGGAGCUCACGUUUGAUGACGAGAAAAUGCAGUUCUAUCCGCCCAGUCAAGACCUUGAAGACACGGUGCUCUUUGUGUUGAAACAGAUCUGCAAGACAAUGCAGCAGGUGCCCACAGUGCAGUCGUGGAUGUCAGGAGGGACCAUUUUGUUCCACACAGACGCCUCCAUUGCAGACCACAUCCUCAACAAGUACAUUGUGAAACUCAAGAAUGCAGUCAAGGUCAACUUUGAAGCACCACAACAGCAUCUGCAGUCCUUUGUUGAGAGGUAUGACUACAUAGUGAAUGGUACAGCCAUGGCUGAGAUCCAAAAAUACAUGGAGGUGGAACACAAGUUUGCAGAGUACACGGAGCAAAUUGAGAAGUACCGGAAUCUCGCCAAGGAGAUCAUGGGUCUGCCGAGCAUCGAGCACUUUGACAUGAUCCGGCUGGAUUGUGAGGACCUGAAGAGGGGGCUGGCUGAAGGCUCGAGGAACCUGGCCAAUGAACUGCUCAGAAGGGUCUCUGAUGACCACAGGAGGGAGAACAAACUGAUUUGUGAAGAAUUUACCACAAUCCAAGAAACGUCCCUAAAAGCACCAGAAACCAGUGAGGAGCUGAUUGAGAUGAUCUCCUUCGUGGAGAAAGCUCGCACCCAGGGCAUGAUUACGUUGAAUGAGCGGAUCACCCAGUCCAAGGACCGGUUGGCCUACCUGAUUGACGUGUUUCUCUUUUCCUCUGAUGACAUUGAUUUGAACUGUGAGGUGCUCACGUGGCCGAAACGAAUCAACCCUGUUUUUGACAGAAAUGAGGAGUUGAUUGAGAAGUCGAAGCAGAAAGGAGAGAAGGGUCUGAUGGAGAAACGUGAGAAGGUGAUGCUUGAGCUCGAGAAACUGAGGACUCGAGUGGACGAGUUCAACGACUAUGGUGAGCUCGACAUGAUGCAGCAGUAUGUAAGCGAUGUGCGCGCCGUGCAGAAGAGAGUUGCAGACGUCUCCAAUGAGAUCAUGUGGAUAAACAAGGAAGAGCAGCUGUACAAAUACCCUGUGACGGCCUACCCAGAUGUGGAGGAGAUAACAAACGCUGUCACACCGUUCCAGAAUCUCUUCAGUGUUGUCUUCAAGUGGCAAAAGGCAGAGAAGAAAUGGAUGGACGGAGCAUUCUUGGACCUGGAGGCUGAGGCCAUCGAAGCAGAAGUGGACGAGUAUUGGCGUGAGAUUUACAAGAUACAGAAAGCCUUCAACCAGAAGAUGAAGAAAAUGCAGAUCGAGAUCGAUGAAAUCAACCGAGAGCGCAAGAAGAAGAAACGUUUGGCCGAGGAAGACGGACAGGAGACGGGUGACCUUGAACCCGAGGUGGAGCUUCACCCGCCUGCUGCGGUGGGCGUGUGUAACUCCGUUCAGGAUAUGAUGACUGACUUUAAGACAUUUGUGCCAGUGAUUGGCAUCAUGUGCAACAAAGGCAUGCGAGGUCGCCACUGGGAGAAGAUGUCUGCCAUUGCUGGCUUCGAUCUGACCCCAGACUCUGGCUCCACGCUUAGGAAAGUCCUCAAACUCAACCUUGAACCCUACAUGGAGGAAUUUGAAGGCAUCAGUGCGGCCGCCACCAAGGAACACUCGCUGGAGAAGGCUAUGAACAAGAUGAUGGAGGACUGGAACGCCGUGGACUUUAACCUUACCGCGUACCGUGACACGGGCAUCAGCAUCCUGUCGAGCGUGGACGACAUCCAGACCCAGCUGGACGACCAGAUUGUCAAGACCCAGACCAUGAGGGGCUCACCCUUCAUCAAGCCUUUCGACAAGGAGAUCAAGGAGUGGGAGGAGCGUCUGAUCCGUAUCCAGGACACGAUCGACGAGUGGCUGAAGGUGCAGGCCCAGUGGCUCUACCUGGAGCCCAUCUUCUCCUCGGAGGAUAUCAUGCAGCAGAUGCCGGAGGAGGGCCGCCUGUUCCAGAUCGUGGACAGGAACUGGAAGGAGAUCAUGAAGCACACCGUCAGGGACCCCAAGGUUCUGGUUGCCACAAGUAUGACGGGACUUCUCGAGAAGCUACAGGACAGUAACGGGCUUCUUGAUAAGAUUAUGAAGGGUCUCAACGCAUACCUGGAGAAGAAACGUCUCUUCUUCCCCCGCUUCUUCUUCCUCUCCAACGACGAGAUGCUCGAGAUCCUCUCAGAGACAAAGGAUCCGCUCAGAGUGCAGCCGCACUUAAAAAAAUGCUUUGAGGGCAUUGCGAAGCUUGAGUUCGACAGCAAACUUGACAUUCUUGCUAUGUUUAGUAGUGAAGGAGAGCGCGUGAAAAUGUCUACGACGAUAUCAACCUCUGAGGCACGUGGCGCUGUGGAAAAAUGGCUGCUGCAGGUGCAGGACGUAAUGCUGGUGUCCGUACGAGACGUCGUCAGGGCUGCUCACGAGGCCUAUGCAGUGGAGCCUCGUUCCAACUGGGUGAUAAACUGGCCCGGUCAGGUGGUGCUGUGCGCGUCGCAGGCUUAUUGGACCCGGGAGGUGCACGAGGCAAUCCGCGCGGGACCCGGUGGUCUCAAGGAAUACCACCACAAGCUGCAGAGGCAGCUGGGAGACAUCGUGGAGCUGGUUAGGGGCAAGCUCACAAAACAGGCUCGUACCACCCUUGGGGCUCUGGUCGUCAUUGAUGUGCAUGCCAGAGACGCUGUGCAGGAAAUGGCAGACAAAGGUGUGUUGAGUGAGAAUGACUUCAGCUGGCUCGCCCACCUGCGUUACUACUGGGAAGAUGACAACAUGAAGGUUCGAAUUACCAACGCCACGGUCCGGUACUCGUACGAGUAUCUUGGCAACACCACCCGCCUGGUCAUCACCCCCCUCACAGACAGGUGCUACCGUACCUUGAUUGGAGCCUUCCACCUGAACCUGAACGGAGCCCCAGAAGGGCCUGCUGGUACAGGGAAAACAGAGACUGUAAAGGAUCUGGCCAAGGCCCUCGCUGUGCAGUGCGUCGUCUUCAACUGCUCUGAUGGUCUUGAUUACAUUGCUAUGGGAAAGUUCUUCAAGGGUCUUGCCUCUGCUGGGGCCUGGGCAUGCUUUGAUGAGUUCAACAGAAUUGACCUGGAAGUGUUGUCUGUCAUUGCACAGCAGAUUCUGUGCAUCAUUCGAGCAGUGCAGUCACACAUGGACAUAUUCGUGUUUGAAGGCACGGAGCUCCACCUGAACCCCCAGUGCUAUGUGUGCAUCACCAUGAACCCUGGCUACGCAGGACGCUCAGAACUGCCAGACAACUUGAAGGUCUUGUUCCGCACCGUGGCUAUGAUGGUUCCUGACUACGCCAUGAUUGCCGAGAUCUCCCUGUACUCAUUCGGUUUCCUGGAGGCGAAGGCUUUGUCUGUAAAGAUCGUGACGGUCUACCGACUGUGCUCAGAACAGCUGUCAUCGCAGUCCCACUACGACUAUGGAAUGCGUGCCGUCAAGGCCGUGCUCUCCGCUGCGGGCAACCUCAAGCUGAAGUACCCGAACGAAGAGGAGAACAUUCUGCUGCUGAGGUCAAUUAUCGACGUAAACCUGCCCAAGUUCCUGUCUCACGACAUCCCGCUCUUCAACGGCAUCAUGUCUGACCUGUUCCCGGGUGUAACCUUGCCCGAACCCGAUUACGAACUUUUCUUAAAGGCCAUGGAAGAGGUGGCCAAGAAGAAGAACCUGCAGUUUGUGGAUUUCUUCAAGGAAAAGAUUACUCAGACAUAUGAAAUGAUGAUUGUCCGUCACGGAUUCAUGUUGGUGGGUGAGCCGUUCGGCUGCAAGACCAUGGUGAUAGAGACGCUAUGUGAGGGUAUGACCCUGCUGAACGAACAGGGACACAGCGAGGAGUUUGAGCGGGUCAUGUACCGCAUCAUCAACCCCAAGUCGGUCACCAUGGGGCAACUGUUUGGCCAGUUUGAUCCUGUAUCACAUGAGUGGACAGAUGGUAUCGUUGCAAACACGUUCCGAGAGUUUGCCUCGACAGACACGCCCGACAGGAAGUGGGUGGUGUUUGAUGGGCCGAUCGACGCACUGUGGAUCGAGAACAUGAACACGGUGCUUGACGACAACAAGAAACUGUGCCUGAUGAGCGGCGAGAUCAUCCAGAUGUCCCCGCCCAUGUCCCUCAUCUUCGAGACCAUGGACCUCGCAUCAGCCUCGCCUGCGACCGUGAGCCGCUGUGGUAUGAUCUACCUGGAGCCGGCCACGCUAGGCUGGAGACCGAUCAUGCGCUCCUGGAUCAACCAGUUUGGGGAGAUCAUGCAUAAAGAGGCAGCAGACGUUGUGGAAGCCAUGUUUGAGUGGCUCAUAGACCCAUGCUUCGACUUCAUCAGGAAAAACUGCAAGGAGUACAUUGCAUCGAAGCAUUCCCAUGUGGUGCGUUCCAUGAUGUACCUGAUUGACAUGCUGAUGUCGGAGUCCCUCCAUGCCCCGGACGCAGAGCACAACAAGGCCAUUCGCGGAUGGGUCAUUAGCGUGAUUCUGUUUUCCAUCCCAUGGUCUAUUGGUGCCGUGGUUGACGUGGACGGCAGGCACAAGUUUGAUGCCUUCUUCAAGGAACUGCUGUCUGGAAAGUUUGAGAAACACCCGAUACCAAAACUGAUCAACAAAUUUGAUGUGCCCAUCCCGCCCGAGCACUCUGUGUAUGAUAUAUUCUUUGAGCAAAAGGGGCGUGGCAACUGGAAACAUUGGAAUGAGCUGCUGAAAGGAGUGGAGCCAAAGUCCAAGAAGAUCCGAGAAAUGUUGGUUCCCACAAUGGACACUGCCCGAUACCGAUUUCUCAUGGAACUAUGCAUUGACCACUGCAGGCCUAUCAUGUUUGUGGGUCCCACGGGUACGGGCAAGUCUGUGUACGUGCAGGACAAGCUGAUGCAUGACCUCCCCAAGGAGAAAUUCCUCCCCGCCUUUGUGAACUUCUCCGCUCAGACCAGCGCUAACCAGACUCAGAACAUCAUCAUGUCCCGUUUGGACAAGAGGAGGAAGGGAGUGUUUGGUCCUCAGAUGGGGAAACGUGCGAUCAUCUUCGUGGACGAUUUGAACAUGCCCCAGAAGGAGGUUUAUGGGGCCCAGCCUCCCAUUGAGUUGCUACGCCAGUACCUGGACCACGGAAACUGGUAUGAUCUGAAGGACACAUCUAAGAUCACACUGCAGGACAUUCAGUUCUUCGCCGCUAUGGGCCCGCCAGGUGGUGGCCGUAACGAUGUGACCCCGAGAUUCUUGCGACACUUCAACAUCAUAGGCAUGAACCCAUUCAACGACGAGACAAUGACGAAAAUCUUCUCACUCAUUAUGACCACCCACCUGAGGAACCAGGAGUUCUCGUCAGACUACAUCUCGGUGGGGACCCAGAUCGUGGGGGCAACGUCUGAGAUGUACAAGCAGGCAAUUGCCAACCUGCUGCCCACCCCGGCCAAGUCUCACUACGUGUUCAACCUGCGAGACUUCUCCAGGAUCAUCCUCGGGGUGUGUCUCAUCAAGAAGGCACAGGUGGAAAACAAGCGUGUCAUGGCCAGACUCUGGGUGCAUGAAGUCAUGCGAGUGUUCUAUGACCGCCUCACCGAUGACAAUGACCGCAAAUGGCUGUUUGAGGCUGUGAAAAAGACAACAAAAGAUUUCUUCAAGGACAGCUUUGAAAGCCUGUUUGAAAACCUUGUACCUGAUGGUGGCAAAGUGAAAGAGGAGGAUCUUAGAAGCUUGAUGUUCGGAGACUACAUGAACCCGGACGCAGAGCCGGAAGAGCGCGUGUAUGACGAGGUUCGCUCCCUUGAUGACAUGUACACAAUCGUAGAGCAGUGUCUUGAGGAGUACAACAACACGCACAAGAACAGGAUGAACCUUGUCAUCUUUAGAUACGUGUUGGAGCACCUGUCCCGUAUCAGUCGAGUGUUGCGUGUGCCCGGUGGAAACAUGCUGCUUGUUGGUGUCGGCGGCAGCGGUCGCCAGUCACUGACUCGCUUAGCAACGGCCAUGGCAGGAUAUGGACUCUUCCAACCGGAGAUUUCUAAGAAUUAUGGGAAGACAGAGUGGAGAGAGGACCUUAAGAACCUGUUGAAGACGGCAGGGUCAGGAAAGACGAUGGUGUUCCUGAUAACGGACACACAGAUCAAGGAGGAGUCGUUCCUGGAGGACAUCGACAACCUCCUCAACACUGGUGAGGUGCCAAACCUCUUCGCAGCAGACGAGAAGUCAGAGAUCAUGGAGAGUAUCCGUCCUGCUAUGCAAGCCCAGAUGGAGGCAGAAGGAAAAGGUGGGGAUGAUUUCUCUCCCCUAGCCAUGUUUGCGUACUUUGUGAACCGCUCAAAGGAGAAUCUGCACAUCAUCAUUGCAUUCAGCCCUAUUGGAGACGCAUUCAGGAACAGACUGCGACAGUUCCCGUCAUUGAUCAAUUGCUGUACUAUUGACUGGUUCCAGGCCUGGCCUGAUGAUGCAUUGGAAAGAGUGGCCAACAAGUUCCUGGAGCAGCUGGACAUAGAGGAUGACCAGAAGGUGGAGACCGUGAAACUCUGCAAGCACUUCCACCAGGGCACCAACAAGCUGUCCGUGAACUAUCUCCUUGAGCUGGGACGGCACAACUACGUGACCCCCACGUCCUACCUAGAGUUGAUUAACGCCUUCAAGACCCUGCUUGGAGCGAAGCAGGAGGAAACUCUGAAGGCCAAGAGGAGAUACAUUGUUGGGCUGGAGAAGUUGGCCUUCGCUGCCAGUCAGGUUGCAGACAUGCAGAAAGAGCUGGAGGAGCUGCAGCCCCAGCUGGUGGUGUCUGCGGAGGAGAACUCUAAGAUGUUGGUCGUGAUCACAAAGGAAUCCAAGGAGGUGGAGGAGACCAGCAAGAACGUGAAAGCCGACGAGGUGGUGGCCAAUGAGCAGGCUGCGCAGGCUCAGGCACUCAAGGACGAGUGUGAGGCUGACCUUGCCGAGGCCAUUCCUGCCCUUGAGGCUGCACUGGCUGCUCUCAACACUCUUAAGCCUGCAGACAUCACUAUCGUGAAGUCCAUGAAGAGCCCGCCCUCUGGUGUAAAGAUCGUCAUGGCUGCCGUGUGCGUGAUGAAGAACAUUCAACCGGAGAAGAUCGCUGACCCAGACAAGCCCGGACAGAAGAUCCUCGACUACUGGGGUCCGUCCAAGAAGCUGCUCGGUGACAUGAAGUUCCUGCCCGACCUGAAGGAAUACGACAAGGACAAUAUUGCUCCGGCGAUAAUGCAGAAGAUCCGAAAGGAGUUCAUCGGAAACCCGGAAUUCGACCCUGCGAAGGUGGCGAACGCCUCAUCAGCCGCAGAAGGUCUCUGCAAGUGGAUCAUGGCCAUGGAGAUUUACGAUCGCGUCGCAAAAGUCGUGGCCCCUAAGAAAGCGCGUCUGGCAGAGGCAGAGGCCGAGCUCAACGCUACGAUGAAAACGCUGAACGCCAAGCGCGCAGAGCUGGCGGCUGUGGAGAAGAAAUUGGCUGAUCUGAAAGCCACUUUUAAGGAGAUGACCGACAAGAAGGCGCAACUGGAAUUCCAGGUGGACCUCUGCGGGAAGAAGCUGGUGAGAGCAGAGAAGCUGAUUGGUGGACUGGGUGGUGAGAAGUCUCGAUGGACAAAGGCGGCAGAAAUUCUUCAAAACACGUUUGACAAUCUCAUAGGUGAUGUGUUGAUUUCGGCUGGCGUUAUCGCUUACCUGGGACCAUUUACAUCGGCCUUUAGAGACAGGGCUACACAUGAAUGGGUGGAAAAAUGUCUGGCUGCAAAGAUCCCAUGCUCCAAGGAGUUCUCUUUGAGCAAGUGUCUGGGAGAGCCAAUCAAAAUCCAGGCCUGGAACAUCUUUGGUCUGCCAAGGGACGCUUUCUCUAUCGACAAUGGUGUCAUUGUUGCCAACUCUAGAAGAUGGCCCCUGAUGAUCGACCCCCAGGGUCAGGCAAACAAGUGGGUGAAAAACAUGGAGAAGGAGCGCAAGCUGGCUGUGAUCAAGCUUACAGACUCUGACUACAUGCGCACGCUGGAGAACUGCAUCACGUUUGGCUACCCCAUACUGCUGGAGAACGUGGGGGAGGAACUGGACCCCUCCCUGGAGCCCCUGCUCCUUAAACAGACCUUCAAACAAGGAGGCGUGGAGAUGAUCCGACUGGGAGAGAACGUGAUAGAGUACAGCAAGGACUUUCGCCUUUACAUCACGACCAAGCUGCGUAACCCCCACUAUCUGCCCGAGGUGGCCGUCAAGGUGUCCCUGCUCAACUUCAUGAUCACCCCGGAAGGACUCGAGGACCAGCUGCUGGGAAUCGUGGUUGCCAAGGAACGCCCCGAGCUAGAGGAGGAGCGCCAGGCACUGAUCAUCCAGUCUGCGCAGAACAAGAAGCAGCUUAAGGAGAUAGAGGACAAGAUCCUCCACACGCUGUCGGCCUCCGAGGGGAACAUCCUCGAGGACGAGUCAGCCAUCCAGAUCCUCGACUCAUCCAAGAUCCUCUCGGAUGAGAUCUCCAAGAAACAAAAGAUUGCAGAGGAAACCGAGAAAAAGAUCGAUAGCAGUCGUAUGGGUUACCGACCCAUCGCCAAGCAUUCGUCCAUCUUGUUUUUCUCGAUUGCUGACCUCCCCAACAUUGACCCCAUGUACCAGUACUCGUUGACCUGGUUUGUCAACCUCUACGUCAUGUCAAUCCACGACAGCAAUAAGUCUAAGAUUUUGGACAGACGCCUGCGCUAUUUGACAGACCACUUCACAUUCCUAUUGUUUGACAAUGUGACACGAUCUCUAUUUGCCAAACAUAAAGUUGUUUUGGCCUUCAUUUUGUGUACUAAUCUGUUAAUAUCUAAGCAGGAGCUGGACCGGGAUGAGUUCAUGUUCUUCCUGACAGGGGGUGUGGGUCUGGAGAACAAGCUUGCAAACCCCGCCCCCACCUGGCUCACGGACAAGAGCUGGGACGAGAUUUGCAGGGCCUCCGAUCUGAAGACACUCAAGAAGUUCAGACCCAAUUUUAUCCAAAAUCUGGACAAGUGGGCCAACUACUACAACACAAAGGAACCGCACAACGAGGAGUUACCUGCCCCUCUCAACGCUGAGCUCAACGACUUCCAGAAGAUGAUUGUACUAAGGUGCAUCAGGCCUGACAAGGUCAAUGCAGCAAUCACAAACUUUGUGACAAGCAAACUUGGCAAGAAGUUUAUCGAGCCUCCACCGUUUGAUCUCGCCAAGUCGUACGGAGACUCGAACUGCUGUGCCCCACUCAUCUUCGUGCUCUCUCCCGGCGCUGACCCAACGAUGGCGCUACUGAAGUUCGCUGAAGAUAAAGGCUUCAGUGGGGACAAGUUCAACUCCAUCUCCCUGGGACAGGGCCAGGGCCCGAUAGCGUCUCGUAUGAUAGAGAAGGCGCGGACGGACGGCACCUGGGUGAUGCUACAGAACUGCCACCUGGCCGUGUCCUGGAUGACCCCCCUGGAGAAGGUGUGUGAGGACUUCAACCCCGAGAACACACACCCAGAGUUCCGCCUCUGGCUCACCAGCUACCCCUCGGACAAGUUCCCAGUAACAGUGCUACAGAAUGGGGUCAAGAUGACCAAUGAGCCUCCGACGGGCCUGAGACAGAACCUUCUACAGUCCUUCCUCAAUGACCCCAUCUCAGAUGAGACAUUCUUUACAGGCUGCCCUGGAAAAGAGGCCAACUUUGAGAAGCUGCUGUUUGGGCUGUGUUUCUUCCAUGCGUUGGUUCAGGAGAGGAGGAAGUUUGGGCCCUUGGGUUGGAACAUCGCCUAUGGCUUCAAUGAGUCAGACCUGCGCAUCUCUGUCAGGCAGCUGCAGAUGUUUAUCAAUGAAUAUGAGGAAGUCCCAUUUGAUGCCAUUAUCUACAUGACUGGCGAGUGUAACUACGGCGGUCGUGUGACUGACGACUGGGAUAGACGCUGUCUGCGCACCAUGCUGUCUGACUUCUACACACCCCAUAUCAUCAAUGACUCCAAGUACAAGUUCUCCGCCAGCGGUCUCUAUCAUUGUCCACCGAAAGGGAAAUACCAGGACUACCUGGAAUUCAUUAGGAGUCUGCCCCAGAGUCAGAUGCCUGAGGUGUUUGGAAUGCAUGACAACACGGACAUCUCCAAGGAGCUUCAGGAAACCAAGCUCCUCUUUGACUCUGUGCUGCUCACUCAGGGUCGCUCAGGCGGUGGUGGUGGCGGUGAUUCUGAUGCACAGCUCAGCACCAUUGCUGGAGAUAUUCUCUCAAAGCUUCCUAAGAACUUCGACAUAGAGGAGGCCAUAAAACGGUACCCAGUGGAGUACACGGAGAGCAUGAACACUGUGCUGGUACAGGAGAUGGAGAGGUUCAACAGGCUGACAACAAUCGUGCGUUCCAGUCUGAUCAACAUUCAGAAGGCCAUCAAGGGCCUGGUUGUGAUGUCCCAGGAGCUGGAGCAGCUGGCAGGAAGCCUUCUGAUUGGUCGGCUUCCGGCCAUGUGGGCCAAGAGGUCCUACCCCUCUCUGAAACCCCUGGGGAGCUACGUUAAUGAUCUACUAGAGAGGCUCAAGUUCCUUCAGACCUGGUAUGACAACGGCAAGCCUCCGUCCUUCUGGAUCUCGGGCUUCUUCUUCACCCAGGCCUUCCUGACGGGUGUCAUGCAGAACUACGCGCGCAAGUACACCAUACCCAUCGACACGCUCGCCUUCGACUUCGAGGUCCAGCAGAAAGACCACUUUGAUGUUGCGCCCGAGAACGGUGCCUACGUGUACGGGCUCUUCCUGGAUGGGGCUCGAUGGGACAAGCAGAAGAGGUGUCUUGGAGAACAACUUCCGAAGAUCCUCUACGAUGCAGUGCCCGGGAUAUUGCUGCGACCAGACAAACGGGACAACAUCGAUGAGACCGACAAGCGCUACCGCACCCCUGUCUACAAAACCAGAGAGAGAAAGGGCGUCUUGUCGACCACUGGCCAUUCGACAAACUUCGUGCUGUACAUGCUACUACCCAUUGACAACCCAGUGUCGCACUGGAUCAAGAGAGGUUGUGCUAUGCUCUGUCAGCUAGACGACUAGUCGACAGUUCGAAAUCUGUGAACAUUAAGUGAGAACUGGAAAUUUUAUUUUGUUAUCACUUAAAUGAAAACUUUAAAUGACUCUGUUUAACUCUCAUUGUUUAUUUGUGAACUAUUGUUGAUUUGUGGACAUAAGUUUUUAUGUUGUGUUUCUUAAAUAACCUGACUUAUAUAUUGAUUGAUCCGUCCUUAUAUUUUUGUUGUGCUAAACUGAUUAUAAGUAUAAAACUUAAGCAGUAGCUUUUUUAAGGUAUAUUCAGAAUGUGCUUUAAAUCACAAAUGUGAAACUAUAUAUCUUAAUUGAUCAACAUAAUUUCUCCUUAUAACACUUGGUAUUAUCUGCUUUUGUUAUCUAUAAGUGUUGUUUUUUUGCUGUGAUAUUAUGUUUUUGAUCCGUCCAUGUACAUUAAUAUAUACUAGUGCAAGUAUUUUAUUUUACGUACAACAAAUUAUUGGAACCUCGAGAAAGAAUUGCCAAAAAUAAAAGUAUUCUAAUAACAAGUGAAGCAUAUAGAUGAAAUAGGGACUUAAAGUUACAACUAAUCUCAAUUUAUCCCCAGUGGUUAUUCGGUUCUUGGCUCAAAGGACCAGUUAUGCAUUUUUUGUGUAUUUAUUGUUGAUGUUUUUUAGUAUAUGGUCUUUGCCAAGGAACUUUUCUAUUACAUAAACUGUAUUUCAAAAGAAAAUCAGUAUACGAGUAUAAUAAAAUCUGUGAUAAUUAGUUAAUAAAGUUUUUACUGUA